AUGUCCGGAGAGGAAGACUUCUACCUCUUUGAAAACAUCUCCUCGGUGGGGCCCUGGGAUGGCCCCCAGUAUCACAUCGCCCCGAUGUGGGCCUUCUACUUCCAGACGGCCUUCAUGGGCUUCGUCUUCUUUCUCGGCACCCCGCUCAAUGCCAUCAUCCUCGUGGUCACCGUCAAAUACAAGAAGCUCCGGCAGCCGCUCAACUACAUCCUGGUCAACAUCUCCUUCGCCGGCUUCCUCUUUUGCGUCUUCUCCGUCUUCACCGUCUUCUUAGCCAGCUCUCAAGGCUACUUCUUCUUCGGCAAACACGUCUGCGCUUUGGAGGCUUUCCUCGGCUCCGUGGCAGGUCUGGUCACCGGCUGGUCCUUGGCGUUCCUUGCCUUCGAGCGCUACAUCGUCAUCUGCAAGCCCUUUGGGAACUUCCGUUUCAACUCCAAGCACGCCCUGCUGGUGGUGGCGGCCACGUGGUUCAUCGGGAUCGGGGUCUCCAUCCCGCCCUUCUUCGGGUGGAGCAGGUUCAUCCCAGAGGGCCUCCAGUGUUCCUGCGGCCCAGAUUGGUACACCGUGGGGACCAAGUACAAGAGUGAAUAUUACACCUGGUUCCUCUUCGUCUUUUGCUUCAUCGUGCCCUUGACCCUCAUUGUCUUCUCCUACUCCCAGCUUCUGGGCGCCCUCCGGGCCGUCGCGGCUCAGCAGCAGGAGUCAGCCACAACCCAGAAGGCUGAGCGGGAGGUUUCCCGCAUGGUGGUGGUGAUGGUGGGAUCCUUCUGCCUCUGCUACGUUCCCUAUGCAGCCCUGGCCAUGUACAUGGUGAACAACCGGGACCACGGCAUUGACUUGCGCAUGGUCACCAUUCCCGCCUUCUUCUCCAAGAGCGCCUGUGUCUACAACCCCAUUAUCUACUGCUUCAUGAACAAACAGUUCAGGGCUUGCAUUAUGGAAACAGUAUGUGGCAAACCCAUGACAGAUGAGUCCGACGUCUCAAGCUCAGCCCAAAAAACGGAGGUCUCGUCCGUCUCUUCCAGCCAAGUCAGCCCCAGCUAAGGAGAUGGUGCCGUGGGGAUCCCACCGAGAAGCACGCCCACCCCCUUCCCCGAAGCCACGUCUGCGCUGCUUGUCAGCAGAGGGAGCCCCACG